UCAAGACUCUCGAGUAUGAACUAAGCCAGGAAAGAUGGAAACGAGAUCCUUCUGGGUUCCGUCGGGAGGUGGACACGAGAGUCGACGGCCCAUGCCGGAGUCUUGGUUCCUGGGAAGGAGCAGAGAGGCCUAGGCUAGGGCUUGAGGAGGUUUGGAAGUGGGAGGUACAAAGCGCCUAGUUUGGGGGUGACUGUCGGGGAAGGUGGUGGCGCUGGGACCCAGUGUCCACGAGGGUCAGUCGUUCCGCGGUCCGGAAGGGGCAGAGAAGGGUCUCCCUCUCUCUUUCUGUCUAUUCUGCGGUCAAGUCCCGCCCCUUUCCGGGGAGGCUUCCUGGAUUGGCUGUCCUUCCUUAACGUCACACGGCCCCGCCCCGGCGCGCGCCCCGCCGCGUGCCCACCCCUGGGCGGCUGGUGCAGCCUACGCUUGCCCGACCACAGCCUGCCGCCCGCGGAGCCGGAGCCCAAGCCCCAGCGCGCCGGGCUGGACGUGGGGCUCCUGGGCCGCGGCGGCGGGCAGGCGAUGCUCCAGAGGCCUGAGCAGCCAUGGAGGCCGAGGCGGGCGGCCUGGAGGAGCUGACGGACGAGGAGAUGGCGGCGCUGGGCAAAGAGGAGCUGGUGCGGCGCCUGCGACGGGAGGAGGCGGCGCGCCUGGCGGCUCUGGUGCAGCGCGGCCGCCUUAUGCAGGAGGUGAAUCGGCAGUUGCAGGGUCACCUGGGCGAGAUCCGCGAGCUCAAGCAGCUUAACCGCCGCUUACAGGCCGAAAACCGCGAGCUGCGCGACCUCUGCUGCUUCCUGGACUCGGAGCGCCAGCGCGGGCGGCGUGCCGCGCGCCAGUGGCAGCUCUUCGGGACCCAAGCAUCCCGAGCGGUGCGCGAGGACUUGGGCGGUUGUUGGCAGAAGCUGGCCGAGCUGGAGGGCCGCCAGGAGGAGCUGCUGCGGGAGAACCUGGCGCUUAAGGAGCUCUGCCUGGCUCUGGGCGAGGAGUGGGGCCCCCGGGGCGGCCCCGGCGGCGCGGGGGGCUCAAGCGCCGGGCCGACACCCGAGCUCGCUUUGCCCCCCUGCGGGCCCCGCGACCUGGGCGAUGGAAGCUCCAGCACGGGCAGCGUGGGUAGUCCCGACCAAUUGCCCCUGGCCUGCUCCCCAGAUGACUGAGGGCUCAGCUUCCUUCUUGUCGACGCCCGACCGGAUUGCUUCCCAAAGCGCAGGGACUGCGGUGGACCUCGGGACCUAGACGCCGUCCCCCCUCGCACGACGGGCCGCUGGCAUGGAUUUGGAAACUCUGGCACUGAGGAGGGCCCCUUGCUCUCGCUGGUGUGGCGGCAGGGGAACUGGAUGCUGGAGAGAAGGGACUUGCCGGGGACGGGGUGGGGGCUAAUAAACUGGAACGGAAGCAGA